AUGCAGUACAGUACGCGGUUUUUCGAUAUCAGUGUGCCUGAUUCUCUGCUGGAUUUUCGGCAGAUCCCAACGAGCACUAAACUGAUUUUGUCCGGUUAUGUGUGUUUCUCCGUUGCACUGUUCGUCACAAGACAGUACUCGUACAACCAGCUGGUCCAGGAGACCCCAGGGCUGAAAUACGAGAAUGUGGUCAACCCUGUUGUCCAGCUGAUUCCGUCGAUGAUUUUGAAGUUCCCAUACUCCGUAGUUCUGUCUAACUUCGUGGACACGCAAUUUUGGAAGUUCAUUUGUACAUUGUUCAACCUGUUGAUAGGCGGCGCAUACAUCGAGAAAAAUUGGAGUAGCACUAAAGAGUUACUGAAAUUUGUACUUGGGAUUGGGACGCUAACUAACAUCUUGAUGGUGCUUAUCACGGUCGGUAUCCAUUUCUGUUUCCCCGAUCUAAUAAAUUUGACAACCCCAAUCGAUGGUAACUACACAGUACUUAUAGGUUUUCCCAUAAUCUAUAGACAACUGUUACCUGAGACAACCAUCAUUAAUUUGAAAUCCCCCAUUGAGAAGAACUUCAGGUUCAAACUGUUGCCCAUCUUCAUUAUGAGUGUCAUGACCAUCGUGGAGAUUGUUUGGUCACACCACCUUUUCCAACUGAUCUCCAUAUGGUGUACUUUCUUCUCCUGCUGGAUAUACCUGCGUUUUUUCCAGCCGUUGGCCGUGCAGGGCGGGAAGGACGGUGAAUACAUCAAGGGCGACGCCUCAGAUACUUUCCAGCUGAUCCUCUUCUUCCCAGACGUCAUCAAACCUUUCUUGAAACCACUGUUCAACGCAGUCUACAACAUUGCAUGCGUCAGACUAAGAAUCAUUAAACCGUUCCAGCUCGACGAUAUAGACAAGGGCAACGACAUCGCGGAGCAGAGAGGCGCCAAGAAAGUUGUGCCUGUGGCAGACAGACGCAGACAACUGGCCUUGCAAGUGUUGCAAGAGAGAAUGGCAUAG